AUGUUGAAAGUUGGUCAAUUGUUCUCUGAUGGUCAAAAUGUUAUUUAUAAACCUAAUAAUAUUAAUUUAUUAUUUAUUUUUGGAUUAGAUUCGGAAAAUGAAGAGGAACAACAAACUCAACCUGAAUCCAAAAAGAAGAAGAAAAAGAAAAAAAAGAAGAAGAAAAAAACGGUUAAGAAGAUUGAGCUUAUUGAGGAAGUGUUGAAUAGUUCUGAAAGUUCUGAAAGUUCUAAAAUUGCAAAUUCUAAUUUUGUUAAAGAAGUUGAUGAAAUUCAUAAAAAUGCUGAUUCUGCCUCUGGUUUAAAUGGUUCAAAAUAAGGUCUGUGUAAUAUGUAUUAUUGUUAAUAUAUUGUAAUUAUUGCUAAAUUGACUGUUUACUCUCUAUUUGUUGCACAAUUAUUUGAUUCACAGACGAUUCAUAGACGUGUCUCAUCGUGUGCGUAUUUUAAUUUAGUCCCAUAUAAAUUAAAAUUAAUGGCGAUAAAAUAUAUUUUUUUCUUUUAUACAGCCAUGUCUAAUUUUCAAGUUGAAUUAGGUAUUGAGACUGGUUCAUUAACCACAAAAGUUGAAUCAAUUGGUAUUGGAGCUUUAUCAAGAGAAACAACCUAUAUUGGUUCAUUAAUCAUGAAAGUUAAAUCUAUUGGUGUUGGUGCUGAAUCAAGAGAAAUUAUUUAUGCUGCAUUAGAUCCUCAAAGUGUUUUAAUUUUAGAUAAUGGUGAUAAAAUGAUUUAUACCGAUAUUGAAUAUGCGCAAGUUUUUAAAGAUGGUAAUUAUGUUGAUUAUGACUAUUUUUUAACUGCUGAUUUUUUACUUGAUGCAAAUAAUAAUAUUAAAGCUGUUUAUUUAGAUGGUAGAAAAGUUUGGGUUAUUGAAAAUGGUCAAAUUAAAAAAUUAUCUAAAUUAUAA